AUGUCCGGUGAAGCCCUGCGGUACGCGCGGAAGGCGGGUGGGGAGCGUGUCAUCCCGGCGUCGCGCAGGCCGGACGGUACAUGGCGCAAGGAGAGGCGUGUGAAGGAGGGCUACUUGCCGCAAGAGGAGCAGCCCCUGUACACCGCCAAGGGAGCGCUGAACAGAAGGGGUGUUCCUCAAUGUCCAGGCCUAGAAGAUGAUGCAGAGAGAAUCGCCGAUGCACAGCCUCAAAAGUCCAAGUCUGCCAAGCGCAAUGAAAGACGGAAGCAGAAACGUCUGGAGAAAAAGGAUGCAGACGAUGACGAUGCUUUUGAAGGCGGGGAGGCAGAUGCAUCUGUCUCAAAGUUGACGGAAGACAUCGGCAACUUGAGUGUCCAUCCCUCUGUGCAGAGCUGCCCAGCAGAAGGGGCCAGGAACGAGGAACAACAGAGCGAUGAGCAGCAGGCUUCCGUGCUCAAAAAAUCUCGAGCCCUGAAGAAGAAACUUCGAGAGUGUGAGGCACUGGUCAAGAAACGAGAAGAUGGCACAGCCCUGCUCCCGCAGGAAGAGCUGAAGCUGGAAAGAAUGGGAGAGUGGGCACAAGAGCUUCAAGCCCUUUUGGAUGGAAGCAGCGGUUGA